AUGGACUUGGUCGAUUGGCAUUCUCCGAUUCUCAUGGUGAUUACGGAGACUAGGUUGAGUGGUGCAAGAGCUGAUGAGAUUAUUGAAGCUCUCCUGUUUGAUGGAUAUGCUGUGGCGAAUACUAUUGGGUUUGCAGGAGGAAUCUGGAUGCUUUGGAGAUCAGAUUUAGUGCAUGUUGAUGUCCUAGCAGCUACGGAGCAGGAGAUACAUGCGAUGAUUCAGGUAAGAUCUCAGUCUUUUACCUGGUUAAUUAGUGCCAUUUAUGCAAGUCCUAGAUUUGAGGAACGUUGCAUGCUGUGGAAUAACCUUAGGAUGCUAGCCAAUAUGCAUGAUUUACCUUGGGCCCUCAUGGGCGAUUUUAAUGAAGUCCUUUCUGCUAAUGAAAAAUAUGGGGGGAAUCCUAUUUGUCAAAGAAGGGUUAGAGCUAUUAGAGAGUGUAUGAAUGAUUGUAGUAUGAUGGAUCUUGGGUUUACAGGUCCAAAAUAUACUUGGACCAAUAAGAGAGAGCUGGGAAAUUUAAUCCAAUGUAGACUUGAUAGAUGCUGGAUUAAUCCGGGGUGGAAAGAAUUGUAUCCGGAAGCCAAUGUAACCCAUUUAGCUAGAAUCAACUCUGACCAUUGCCCCCUGUUAUUGAACUUGUAUCCUUUCUUGGGGUCUAAUGUUGAUAGGCCAUUUAGGUUUCAGACUAUUUGGCUGAGUCAUAGUGAUUUUCCGAUGGUGGUGAGAGAUGCUUGGGCUGGUAGGGAGGGCAAUCUAGCUGAGGCUAUUUCCAACUUCAAGACCAAGGCCCAAAGAUGGAAUAGAGAAGUAUUGGGAAAUGUUUUCCUAAGAAAGAAGAAGAUUUUGGCUAGGAUGUUGGGUGCUGAGAAAGCAUUAGCUGUAUGCCCAAAUAGUUUUUUGAUCAAUCUCCAAAAGCAAUUGGCUGAGGAGUAUAAUUUAGUUCUCCAACUUGAAGAAGAGCUGUGGGCUAUGAAGUCCAGAACUAAUUGGUUAUUGCAGGGGAGAGAAAUACGUCGUUCUUUCAUAUCUCUGCCCUCAAAAGGAGAAGUAAGAAUAGAAUUACUUGUGUUCAAAACAAUGAGGGUGAAUGAUGUCACAAUGUUGAGGAAGUGA